UAGGACUAAUCUCGAACUCAGACGAGCUAGAAAGAGGAACAUGUCGCUCAGAAGAAGUGCGAGUAGAGAUGUCUAUAAAGUGUGACAUUAAAAACUUCCGGAUUAUCUUGAUGUCAAAACUGUUUAAAAACGACUUAGUGCUCUGUAUGAACAAUAGUGGAAACAUCAACUGCCACUAUGUAGAAAAAGUGAAAAAUUUUUAUAACAGUAGCAGUGGACAUUUAGUAUUUUUGACACUGUUUAAUUAUACUCACCAUGCAGGAAAUAGACUAUUGGUUAAAACCACGUGCCAAAAUAACGAAACAACACAGGAGAACGUUCUGCUAAAGCCAUGUGUCAGAGAUUUUAGAACGACGGCGUACCAUAACAACUCCCAUAUAACAAUUUCAUGCGAACAUGAAUCAUUCAAAAUGUCGGACAGUGGUAUACGCAUUGUAGGCUUAGACGAUUUGGCACAUUGCCGAUGGAAUAAAGUUAAUCAUACAAAUGAUUGCUUUGGAGAGGCUCAAGCUCUAGAAAAUGGUUUUCAGCUCAUAAUACCAUAUAAAGCCGAUAUGAACAUAACCUGCAAAAUCGACGAACAAUCGAUAAAUAUCAAAGUUAAAGAGCGCAUAUCAUCAACAGCUUCAACAACGGCAGUAACGAUGUAUCCUAUUGAUACAACACCAAAAGUUACCACAAAUACAAUUCACACAUCAACUUUAAAAUACACAAAUGUAUCCACCUCCCCCAUUAUACUCGGUAUCCAGAAGUUUACGGAGGUUUUGACAAUGUCAGGAGUUGCCUUGUUUUCACUGUUGUUGUUAAUCAUCAUUAUAGUGAACAUUGUGUUUAUUUUCCGCAAACGAUGA